AGGGGCUGAACACGCGAGGUGCGCCGAGGCGGAGGGAGCAGCAGCAACCGGAGGAGAAGAGCCGAGCAGCCGCCGGAACAGCCGAGCGACCCCGGGGCCGAUUAUUACCCAGUUUUCCGUCGGGGAGACAGGGCAGGGGGGUGGGCUGGGGCUCGGGUACAGAAGAAUGAGAGAGCCCUCUUAUCGGAGGGGGCGAAAACAUGAACGGGGCCGUGUACAUUUCGUUUUUCCAGGGCCAACUGGAGUCCGUGCUGGAGCAGGUCGUUCAGCUCGCCGUCCAGGAAAUAAGCAAGACGGUGGGCUCGAGCCUCAACACGCUGCUGCUGGAGACGGCCGUGAAGGAGCAAGAAAACCGCCGGCUCCGCCUCCAGCUGCAGAACCGGGAGAACCGGGGCCGAGCCAACGCCAACACCGCGGACGGUGGAGGAGGUUCUCCGGUGGCUGGUAAGAACAAGGCGGCGGGGAAGGCGACGACGACGGCGGGGGACGAGAGGGCGGACGGCGGCAGAACAAAGCCCGAGUAUAAGCCCCCUCCCGGAGGGCAGGGCACCGAGCACGGCCUGCCCACCGACACACGCCGCCUGGAGCAGAGAGGACGAGUCGUGGACCAGCUGAAGUCGGUCAUGGAGCAGGUCCUGGACUUUGCGGUUCGCGAGCUGACGAAGAUCGUGGAGGCCUCAUUCGACGACCUCCUGCUGGAGAUCACCAAGAUGGAGAGAGAGCAGCGUCUACUGGAGGAGAGGCUCUCCGACAGAGCAGGAGGAGGUGGGGGAGGAGGGGGAGAGAAGGCAAGAGGAGGAGGAGGAGGAAGUGGAGGAAGUGGUGGUGGAGGAGGAGGAGGAGGAGGAGGAGCUGGAGGGAGGAGGAGGGGGUCGGAGAACGACUCUGUGUCACCCAGCGGCUCUGAGGACGCCCGGGAGGAGCUCGCCGAGGUUCCCGUGUCCAAACAGACGGCGGCGAGAGACAACCCGGAGCGUCCCCCUGUCCUCUCGGUGUCUCAGGACUGGGUCCCGAUCCUGGACAAGGUCUUUGGUCAGAAGUUCUGCAGCGACGUUUGGCAGAUCAAAGAGCUGGAGGGAGGAAGAGGAGGAGGAGAACGAGGAGGAGGAGUGGGAGGAAGAGGACGGGGUGAGGUCGGGGCCCAGCAGGUACAGCCGGUCUCGACUCCCUCUCUGACCCUGGAGCCGUCCCCGUCGUCCCCCCAGCAGGACCCCCGGUGGACUCCUCUGGAGGACAUGGAGGUGUUUUCUCCUGACGAGGAGGCUGCAGACGGUCAGAGGAACCCUGGGGGAGGAACCAGCACCGGACCCUCACCCAGACCCUUACCCAGACCUCCCCUCAGCCCCACAGGGUCUUCUGGUCGUCGCUCGUCUGCCUCGAUGCUUCAUCGUCUCCUGACUCUUCCGUCUCAGCUGCUGGAGGACGACGACGAGGACGCCGCCGCCAACGAAACGCUGGCCGCUCUGGCGACCGACGACCGCAGAGACGGCGUCGAGCCGCCCGGCCGCACCUGCCCGUCACCCCUGACGACCAGGGAGGACGAGGAAGAGGAGGGGGAAGAAGAGGAAGAAGGGGAGGACAAAGGGAGGAAGAAGAAGAGACGGAGGGUGUGGUCGGAGUGCGAGGAGUGCGGUCGGAGGUUCAGUCGGAUGUCUCUCCUCAAAGCUCAUCGUCAGACUCACAUCGCAGAGAACGCCGCCACCGACACGGCGUCCUCGUUGUCCCCGCCCGGCGGCGCCGCCACGGCUCUACGCUGCUCGGAGUGCGGGAAGAGGUUCUCCUCUGCGACCCGCCUCCACAGCCACAUCCGGACCCAGCACUGAACCCGUCCUCAACCCGAACAGGAUCAACUACACAAGCUGAACACAAACCAGACCCGAGUCCAGGACCCGAGUCCAGGACCCGAGUCCAGGACCCGAGUCCAGGACCCGAAACUGGACUUACUGAUUCACUCAAACAAAAACCUGAAGACA